GGCGAUCGAUCUAUAACAUAAUGACCAAAAGGUCGCAGACGUAACGCCCGUUGAUGACUACCGCGAACGUUAAAGGCUGCGAACGGAUUUACCAGGCCUUAACGGAGUGCAACCGGCGAAUCCCGGCUGGAAUUCCGAGGGAAGCGGCUUGCCGCCACUUGAACCGCUCUCUUGCCGAAUGCCUGGUGGCUGUGGCUUGCCCCGAAGAGUCCGACGCCGUUCGUACCCUCUGCUCCAGCGGUGGUACGGCUCUUAAGCGCCGCCAGUGCCAUCAGGCCCAGCUCUCUCUCUCUGUUUGCCUAUCCACUAACCAAGACCAGUCCUAGAAAUACACUAAUGCUUUUUUGUGGAUCAAUGGAUAACCACACUCUCCUUCUCUCUGAAUGUAGUACUCUACUAUUGGAUUAGUCAGCAUGUUGAGUUUAUGAAGCACGCAUAGAAGGAAUCUGAAAGCAUCAAUGAGAAAAAUCCAGAUUAUAAAGAGUUGAUACAUUUUCUUUUAUGCUAAUUGUAAAAGCCAUUGCUGCACUUGUUCACUUGUGGUUGCUGAUGUUGGCUUCAGUGCAUUCUAUGUAAUUGUUCUCCAAAGAAUAUUUUAUUUGGGAAGUAGAUUUGUUAAUGGCUAGAUAUGCUUAAUGUAAAUGAAUUGUUUCAACCAGGAAAGUAAUAAAUUUGAUCCUUUAGCAUGAAUAGAAGUU